GCUAAUUUCACCCCCGUAUAAUGUAACAGAAAUGUUGGGAAAAUCCCCAUGGCUAGACCUUAAGAGCAAUCACCUCCUGAAUUUAACGCAUUAAUUUAGAAACACCCUGUAUAAUACAAUUUUUUAUGUAAAUUUCUGCAACAUAAACAAAAUUAACAGAUGUUUUUUUUCCAAAAUGUUACUAUCCUUCUGAUUAUUAAAUGUAAUCUUGAUGUGUGUAUAGAUUUUAUCAUAAAAGACAUUCAACAUUUUCUGACUUUAACACUAGAUGGAACCUCUGUACAAUGCUUAUUGAUCCAUCUCAUUCAAGACAUUCCCAGAACUCUGCCCCAGAAAUCAAUAAUUUUUAUUUCAAAGUCUCUACUUUAACGAGUGCGGUGUGCUGAGAAUGUUGACUCAAUUGUUUUCUGAAAGUAUUGUUUUGAUUGGGUAAAUAUUUUAAAAAGUUCAAAUGAAAGUUCAAGAGCUACCUGCUGAAGCGGGCUCCAAUGCCAUGGAGCAAGAAAUGGCAGGGGCCCAAGACACUAUCUAUUUGUGUAAUUUUCGGGUAUCUGUUGAUGGAGAAUGGUUGUGUUUGAAGGAACUUCAGGAUGUAGAAUUUAAUAUGCAGGAGUCAAUCACUAAAGCUCUCUCGACUCCUUCACCCGAAAUUCCCGUACAUCCGUUUGGCCGAGACCCAGUUGUCAUAGAAAGAAGCAACUUAGUGAACAUAAGUAAAUUAGUUGUCAAAGAACUAAUAGAACAGUCUCUUAGAUAUGGAAGAAUGUUGGAUUCAGAUCAUAUGCCCCUACAACAUUUCUUUAUUGUUUUAGAACAUGUACUUCGUCAUGGACUCAGACCCAAGAAGGGCUUACUGGGUCCUAAAAAGGAGUUAUGGGACAUUUUACAAAUGGUAGAGAAAUAUGCCCCAGAAGCACAAGAUAUUACAGCCAGUGUUAGAGAUUUACCAACAGUUAGAACACAUAUGGGUCGAGCAAGAGCUUGGUUGAGACUAGCAUUGAUGCAGAAAAAGUUAGCAGACUAUUUAAAAGUUCUAGUAGAUCAUAAAGAUGAGGCGUUAGCAGAAUAUUUUGAACCUGAUGCUUUAAUGUUAAGUGAUGAAGCUAUUAUUAUUAUUGGACUUCUAGUUGGUUUAAAUGUAAUCGACUGUAAUCUGUGUGUUAAGGAAGAGGACUUGGAUUGUCCUCAAGGGGUCAUCGAUUUUUCAUUAUAUCUCAGAUCUUCUAGUCAUGUUUCAACAGAUUCCAGUAAUGAAGAACAAGGUGACGCAAUGAUCACAGUUUUGGAUCAAAAGAAUUAUAUAGAAGAACUCAACAGGCAUUUAAAUGCAACCGUAGCAAAUCUACAAGUGAAAGUCGAAUCUCUUACCACAACAAAUGCACUAAUGAAAGAAGAUUUGGCUAUAGCUAAAAACAAUCUUUUAGCCUUGUAUGAGGAAAAUAGACAGCUAAGACAAGAUUUAGGUAUAGAAUCUGAAGGAUAUACAAUGGGAGCAAGUGGAGUUCAAAUAACAAAAGUAGAGGAAAAGGAACAAAAAGAAGCAAAUAAACUGGUCGGUAGCGAAGUGGAAGAAUUGAAACAGAGAUUAGAAGAAGAAAGAAAACUCAGACAAGAGGCUGAUCAUGAACUAGAAAUGCAAAUGUGUAUGAAAGCAGAAAUGGAAGUAGCUAUGAAAUUACUGGAAAAAGAUAUCCAUGAAAAACAAGAUACAAUAAUUUCUUUACGAAGACAGUUGGACGACAUAAAAUUGAUUAACCUAGAAAUGUACAAGAAACUUCAGGAGUGUGAAAUGGAACUAACUCAGAAAGGUGAGAUGGUGAGUCGGCUACAAGCGAAAGCCGGACAAAUUGGAAAGAUUCUCAACAACUUAGAAAAAUAUAACCAUCUUUUAAAAGAUGAUAAAAGACAUAUCGAUAAAAAACAUGAUAGAAAGCAAUCUCUUUCUAAAUGUAUGGCAAAAGAAAAUAAAAAAUGUGAAUCGGUAGAAGAACCUUCUUGUAGUAAUAUGGAAAACGAAAGCAAAUAUAUGGAACUGAAACAACCCAUACCUUCUGAUUCAACAGAAUCUUUUAUAAAACUUGAUUUGGAAUUAAAUUCUCCUGAACAAAAGGAAUAAUUUAAAAAAGCUUUUCGAGUUCAAAUUCUAAUCAGCUAAAAAUUCAUAAAAUUGAUUUUUAUAAAGUUUUAGUUGCUACAAAUGACUGUAUGAACUUAUUAUUGAGUUUUAUUGUAAUAAAUUGUUUAAAUAUUUUUGCUAGGCGAUGACAUGCAAGUUUAAGUGUAGGAAUAUUUGUGCUUUAUAAUCCAAUACACAAUGGCUAUAUAAAUUCGCACCUUCUUUCUUGUGUAACUUGUGAUUAUAUAAAAUCUAUACUAUUUUCUCAAAAAUAAAUUAUUUAUCACAUUCUCAUGCAUAAAAUAUUUGAAAUAUAUUUUUGUGUGUCAGCCCCUAGUCAUUUAAACCAGUCAUUGUAUAUUUUUACUAUUGACUUUAUAUUAUUAUUUACUUUUUCACUACUAUUCAUAAAUUUUAUACAAAUUUUAACCAAACAGUAAUUUAAUUGUUUUUUGAAAUAUUUUCAUUAUUUGUACUUACGUUUCAUGCAUUGCUAUAUAAACAAUCUAAAUAACUUAUAUGUUUUGGGCAUAACAUAUUUAUAUUGGAUAUAGCAAAUGAAUAUGUAAAUGUGACUUAUUUCAGGAUAGCGAGGCUUCUCUAAGGCAUAAAAUCGAGUUUAUUACCAAGCUAGAAGCUAAAGCGCAAUCUAUGACAGAAACAAUACAAUCUCUUGAAAAUAAGUAGGUACCUUUUUGAUUUAUUUUCUACCUAUUUUUAGUUCUUUUAACCUGAUGAAUAAUCAUGAAACGUUGACAAAUAUCAAAAUUGGGAUUUCAAAUGAGUUUAAAUAAACAAUUCACCAUCCUUCUACAGUUUUCUCAGAUGGUUGUUUAAGAUUCAAAAUAUUCUACCUACAGUGGUUUUCAUACUUUUACUUCCGUCUUUUAUAUCACUAUUUGAUAUUUUAUAAUGUAAUAUUAUUUAUAUUUGACAUAACCUGAUAACUAUUCCCAAUGGGUUCCAUAAAAAUAUUACUUUUUAUUGGAACUAUUAGCUAUUACUAUUUAUUAAAUUCACUGUUUUGGGUAGUUGUUUGUUACUUGUUUUUCUUUGAAAAUCAAAAAUGAUCGGCUUAAGCUACUUAAAUUCAUAUUGCAAUAAACGAUUUAUACUCAGAAUUAACUUAAUCUUUUUCCAUUAGAAGAGGAAAUAACUAAGGAACGCAGAAACAUUUGUUAAAUAAUGUGAAUUUUGACAGGUUGACAAAAAACCUUUUCACAAAUAUUGUCUUUCGUAUGUUUCCUUACCUAAUACUUCAUACUAUUUCCUUGGUUUGCCUACCCCUAUUUAUUUUCUUGGUCAUUCUUCAUUGGCAUAUUCUUUAUGUCUACACCAAUUUAACAAUUUCUUCUGUAUUUUAUUGAUUAUCGGGGUUUUUCCUGUUAUAUCCAUCAUGUAUUCCUUUCUGAUUCUAUUGAAUUUUGUUUUUUUUUAUUAUUUGUAUCAAAACUUCCAUUUCAAUUGAUAUGACUCGAUUAAUCUCAAAUAUAGAAUGUAGGUGAUUGAUAAAUUUUUCAAAUUAUGGAUACAGCAGUUAAAAAUAAAAUAUUUACAACAUUCACACUAUCUUCAUUAUUCUGUAUUCUGACUGGUCAGUUUUUAAAUUUUGAUUAAUCUUCAGCGAUUUAUUUAUUAUAGUGAGAGAAAAUAUUAAUGAGACUGAUAGCAAAAGAAAGGUAACAAGCGACUGAGUGAUCCAUUUAUGCGAUAAAAUAUAUUGUUCUGGUAGUUAAUAUUCUAUUAAAGUGAUACUUUAUAAAAUUAGUUUUCUUAACGAUUCGCUUAUGUAAGCGUAGUUGUGGUUCCUUCAUUUAUCUUUGUUUUUCAUAAUUUUUAUGGAAAAGGUCUUGGAAGUUUUAUAUGAUCGAUAUAUAAUUUUUCCAUCAUGUUAUCAGACUAUCGUAUGGAUCGUAUAGACCAUCACUCAGAAAGUGAUUGAUUGUUUGAUGAUAGAACUAGAAAAAUAAGCGAUUUGGUGUGGAAAUAUGUAUUUUUAACUUCAAUAGAACUUUGUAUGUUACGAAUAAUGUUUGUCUUCAAGGCAUCAAUUAUUGCUGGUUUCUGAAAAUAAAUCAGUAACUUCACGUAGCCCCACUGGAAAUAAUUGAAAAAAAAGAGGCCUUGAAGGUCAAUUGAUAAAUCAGUUAUUCAAAAUCAACUUAUGUCAAAUUUUAAUGAUUGAAUUCGCCGUAUUCUACAAAAUCGUUGAUCAUGUUGCAUAUUAUCUAUUAUCCAUAUAGCGAGCAGUGAUUUCAUUUUUUUAGGAAUAAGGAUAUAAAUUACACCAAACAGUGCUUUUUCUGUUUAUUAGCCAUUUACCCAAAAAUAAACACAAUUUUGCGGUACAAUAUUGAAUCAGUAUCAAAGUACUCCAAAGCCCAAUCAACAAACGACUCGCGCAUAUGAUGUUCUCAAGUUUGUCCUUGUAUCUUUCAGCUGCUACUUUGCAACCUACUCAUGUUUAAUAAACUUGAACGCAACAGCUGAUAUUAAUGUCUAAAAAACUCCCGUAAUUUGAGAUCAAGACACAAGUGUCCUAAUUUUGUAAAUUGCUUGAAAGCUUAUUUUCAGCUUGACUAAAAAAUUUAAAAAAUACUCAGUUUCAGCUAUAUUACUUUCACUGAGAGCAUUAUAAUAGCAAGAAAAGAUAAUAGAUAAAAUAUUCGAAUAAAGGGAAAACAAAUCGAACAAGUAAAAAUAUCUAGGUAAAAUAAAAGAAAAUAAUGACAUACUGAAGUAGGAUAUAAUGAAAAAACUAGGAAAACUUUAAUGCAAUGAAAGCAUCAUUCUCUGGGAAAAUAGUAGUAAAAUACAAUAGAAUCAAAAUUGUGAAAAAAUAGUCUAUUAUGCUGAACAACUAGGAAUAUAAAUAAAUAAAUAUAAAUGCAAUGGAAAAGAGUUUAGAAGAAAAUAAAGCAAAAAUUAUUGAAUAAGCGAUUAAACAAAAACUGAAAAUGAAACCACUUAGAGAUAAAAUAUAUGAAGCACCAUUGAGGUGUCCUUUCGCUGUAUGGUUAAAAACAGAAUACCAAAAAGAACGUUCUAAUCCAAAAUAGCAAAUAAAAAUCAUAAAGGAAGACCAAGAAGAAUAUGGAUUGAAAAUCUGAAAAAAGCAGCUGAGUCAAAGGGUAUAAAAUGGGGAGGAAUAAAAGGUUAAACAGGAAGGCAUGCAGAAAAAAAGUAUAUGUCAUAACCGUCAAUCAAUCAUACAUUUUAUUGUAAUCUACCUUUUGCUUUUUUAAUUCACUUGAAAUUGAUAAUAUAAUACUUGCUGAAAAGACUUUUUCCCUCAAAUGAUUAUGUUAAUACUAAGUAAUGUUUGAAAAUAUUCAUAAAUUCGUAUUAAUUUUUCAAUGUGUGAUAUUAUUUAAUAACUGAGUAAUAUUAGAAAUAAUGCUUGGAUUGUAGUAAUAGUUAUUUUCACUUGAGUAGAUUAUAUAAGUAGGUUACUGUUAUUCAUGUUAACAUGUAUAAAAACGUUGGCAAACCUUCACUACAAGCAGCUACUAGUAUUUAAGUUAUAUUAUUACAAAAAAUAUCGUAGAUUGUUAUGGAUAUUAUAUUCUUGUAACGUUCCUAGGAUCUGCAUUAUAUUUAAUGCGAAAUAAAACUUUGUAUAAUGCAAAUAUUGAUUUUUUUGCUUAAAAGUGUUGAAAUAAAAGUAAUUUUCUUCAA